GGAAAACCUCGUCUACAGCCUAAUUGGUUUCUCAACAGGCCCAAGCAGCGUGUGAUGAGUAGCUCUUUGCCGCCUGCCGAGGAUCCUCCGAAGCGCAAGACGCGCUGGAGGAGGGACAAGGGAGAUAGCAAAGCAGGCGCAGCAGCACGCCCGGCGUCCCACUCGUCCCAUCCCGUGAGUCACCAGCCAUCUCCCAACCGCCCCAUCGGCACCGUCGCGCUCCCCAAUGCGGCCACCGCAUCCAUCCACAAGGCCAUGCGCUCAUCGCAGUUCCUCAUGUGCGACUCCACUAGCUUCAUGGACUUUUCAAGAGCAUUGGAGGGGGGAUCCCUCUAUCUGCCGAGUUUCUUCGGUGACGCUGGAGAUCUGUUUGAGCAGCUGAGUGAGGAUGUGGUGUCACACGCUGAGGGAGAGGGCGGGUUGGUCAGCUGGUCGCAGCACCUCAAGGCAAGAAGGACCAAAGGGGCAAACAGUGCCAAACACACUCACUUAUGCGCUCGGGUGUCCAACCGCGCGGUUUCCUCUCUCUGUCAGCUGGAGGACCCCGACUUCUCGCGAGCGUUUCAGAGUGUGCUGCAGCGGCUGUCUGACUACUUCGAUUUGGAGGUCUACGCGUCGCGCCUCAACUUCUACCGCUGUGGGUCGGACUGGAAGCCCUACCACCACGACAGCCACGCAUACAGCAAAGACAGAGGACAUGUAAGAAAGGACGUCAGGGAGCGAGCGAGCGGGCGGGCGGGCGUGCGGGCAACCACACAGAUCAGCAACACACACACACACAUCACCUCACAUAAGCUGUAGUUGCACGUCUGUUUCCCUGUCUGGUCUGUGCUGUGUGUCUGUCUGUCUACCUGUGUGGUGUGGUGUGGUGUGUGUUGAUGUGUGCGGGUCAGGUGCAGAAAGAGGAUUUCACCGUGGGCGCCUCCUUCGGCGCGUCUCGUGAGCUGGCCUUCAAGCACAAGCCGUCAGGUGAAUGCUCACAGCCUAGCGCCAGCAGCACCAGCACCAGCACAAGCACCGCUUUCUCCCUCUCAACUCAAUGCAGGUUCGGUCUUCUCGUUCCCGCAGCAGUCGGGUGACAUCUUCGCCUUCAACUCGCUGGUCAACGAGCGGUUCAAGCAUGGCGUGCCCAAGGUGGACAAGGACAAGGCCGGCCCGCGGAUAUCGGUCAUCGCCUGGGGCAAGAGGCGGUCGCUCAACACGCGAAAUGCGGGACUGUCUGAGCUGACGAAUUCGUAGAAGAAAGGGAGAGGGUGUGUGUGUGUCUGUGUGUGCUGUGUGUGGGGAUGGUCGUUCUUGUACAGCGUCUGCAUGACAGACUCAUUCAUGGGUCGAAUGGCGAAUGGUUGCAUUCAAUUAAAACAUGACCGUGGUGGGAUGCAA